AAGACAGUGUGGCAACGCUGGCUGAUGGAGCUACCAGAUAAAUUCAUAUGCGCCUCCUUGUCGUUCGCGUCAAUUGUUUACACAUUUUUGUAAAUAGCUGCAAUAGAUCCCGGCAUAAAUGUGCACGGAGCUGUUCGAGCAUAUAUCGAGGCUGUUCUCCUUUGAACUUACGUGAUAAAAAGCACCGUGCGUGAGAUAGCGACCACGCACAUGGAGCAGCAACAGGCGACGCCACCGAAGAAGCGCAGGCACAGCGAAUACCAUGAUCCUGACUACCACCAGACGGAGCCUCCUGGCCAGGAUCAGGUUGAUUUGCAGCAGCGGAAGCGCUGCAAGCCUGAGCCUCAGACAGAUGAGGAGGGAGCUCCACUGCCCACCACUGACAAGUUCCAGCGCAUCCGAGAGCUCGUGCGUACGGAGUUCCAGCGCGAAAUCAGGCAGAAAGAGGAGCAGCUGGGCGAAAUCGAUGAGAGGCUGCUGCAGGCCCGCCAGCUGCUCGAUAAGCUGCGAUACCAAGUGGUCAGCGAGUAUUACCGCCAGCAACAGGUGACACUCAGCGCCUCGGAUGUGGCCAAGGUGCGUCAGCCAACGGAGAGCCUCUUCGGGGAAGAGGGUGCCGCCGCCCAGAUGCCUCUACACCCUGCCAUCAAGAAGAUUGUUGGAAAGCGUCCGAUUCCUAUAGCAACUCAUCUGCCGGAGCGUACGGCGGCCACCAUCGCGAAGGAGAGCAUCCGAUUAAGGAAUCCUGCACAUAGAAGGGCGGAGAGGAGACGACAACAGAAAAUCCGCGAGGAGGGUAUCGUUACAGACCACUCCAAGGAGGAGCAGCCGGUGCAGGAGGUACCAGCAGUCUCGGUCAAGCUGGAGGACGAGGCUCCGUGCACCAGCCGUCAAGCCCUGGAGCGUCAACUGGAGCUAAAUGCCUCACGGCUGAACAACAAGAAUAAAUUUAACUUCGUGGUGGGCAAUACCUCCAAGUACAUUGGCGACGACAUGCGAGGGGAAUCCACAGGUAGCCAGGCACUGGUUUACAAAUGGUUGGUCUAUGUGCAGGGCAAGGACCUGCCACAGCCCCUGGAAGCGUACAUAAAGAAGGUGCGCUUCCAAUUGCAUCAUUCCUACCGUCCCAAUAACAUCGUGGACGUGCACGAUCCCCCCUUUCAGAUAUCGCGUCGCGGCUGGGGCGAGUUUCCGAUGCGCAUUCAGUUGUUCUUUCAAGAUCAUCUGCACCAGAAGCCUGUCCAGUUGGUCCACAACGUUGUGCUGGACAAGACCAUGUGUGGCAUGCACACGAUGGGCGCGGAGACCAUUGUGGAAAUAUGGCUACGAGCAGAGCAGUCUUUGAAUGCGCCCCCAGAAGCAAUCCCUCAUGUAGAGGCUGCCCGUCCUACCACGCCACAAGCUCCCUUUUCGCCUAUUGAGUCCAGCAAGCCGCGUACCAUCUCCAUCACGCAGAACAAGGAGGAACUGGACGACAACUUGUUCGCUGGCAUCAACAAGAUCGAGCUAAGCGGCGACAUAGAGCACAUUGAGCCCACCGUUCUGGUAACGGAGCCUCUGAAACUCAGCUACAGUCCCAAAAAGCAGCCACCACCUCCUACAACUCCUCCCAGGCCACCGUUUCGAUUAAAUGCGGCUCCAGUGAUAGCAUCUCGUCCCUCUGUCGUCUACCUGCCGGUUAAUGGUCGAAGCCCGAAACGCGAUUCGGUUCAGGAAAAGUUGAAGCAGGAGUUUUCGGGGAAUCCAUCCUUUCCACAGAGACGGUGGCCGGACUCCUCGUCAGAACGACCGCCCGUUAAGCCCGUAAGGAAUGGUCACUACCACAACAAUAAGAAUGUUGUUUUCCAGAAAGCCGGAAAGCUGUAUAUCAUUGAUCCCCUCCAGCGAAAACUUAAGAAGGCAGUUAAGCAGCAGUCCUUGCUUAAGCCACAGCUGAGUCUACUGAAGCCCCCAACGAUAAGCAGGUGGCACAUGCUGCAGUGUAUCCAGCAUGACCAUGGGUACGCGAAUAUGAGCAUGGAGCCGGAAGUGCUGAGAGCUCGCACACCACCCACCGAGGUAACCAUGGCCGCGAGGACGCGUCCUCGCCGAUUGGAGCAGAUGUUUGUCGGUUCACAGUUCCGUGGCAUGCGAGAAGCGGUUGAGUUCCUUUUGCGCCGACUACCGCUGGUAGGUCUUCCUCUGCAAAGAGAGGAGUAUCCCUUCACAUGCAACACCAUUGAAGCCUUCCAACAGAAGCCACAAAUUAAACAACGGUGCUACGAGUAUCUACGUGCCCGUUUUCUGCGGCGGUGUCUGACGCACCAUCCAAAGCUGCACCAACUGAAUGCCAGUGGGAGAGAGCGAUAUUGGAGUGUGCGAGAGAUUGCAGGAUUCGCAAGGAUACAUGGCUACACGCCAAUGCUUAAAAUGCCUGCUUCUGGCGAGGAAAGAGACGCCAAGAAUAGGAAACAAAAGACGGAAGCUGAGGAUCAACUUGCUCAGCUGGUUCAGGAGCAGUUGAAGGAGGAUCCACAACCGCAGCUGUCGGCCUUCUGUAGCCUGAGUUCCGGAAACAGGCUGGAAGCCUGGAUUGCCAAACAGUCUCGACGUUUGCUGGGAUACGAGCACAAGGUGGAUGCUCGGGAGUUUAUCGAUGUCCUUGGAAUAGAAUCGCACCACUCUGGAACGUUAAGAGGAACGCAACGGGGGAAUAAAUCGUUCCAUGUGGGGACCAAUCGUCAACUGUUGUGCCUGCCGUCUCCCGAGGGUCUGGAACCGGCUUCCCAGUUGGUGCAGGACAUGUGCAAGGACAUCAACAUCGACCUGCAGCCAGAAGAGUCGCUGUCCGGCGUGUCGCAGCCACUUGCCCUCACCCUACUGGCCCAUCUACUUCGCACAUUUGUGGAAAAAUUGGUUCGCCGCUCGGUGGCGGCUAAGCUCCAGCACGAUUCUGUGGAGGAGCUGCCCCCGGCGGCGGCGAAUGCUUCCCUGUGCCUGCUACCUCAUGACAUCGGACGGGUGAUAGGCCAAUGCUCGGAGCUUGACAUCCUGGGAAACAGUCACCUCGGGGUUGCUCCCAUGGAGCCACGCACCUGAUGAGUGGAUGCCAUGCCAUUGUCCUUUGAAUUUAUUUUGUCCUCAAACCGCUCGUAAUAGUUCAAAAAGUGCUGGGAUAUUAGACAAUAUCUAAUUGUACUCGAUAAGCUUACAUUUAGGAAAUAAAUUAAGAAAUUUUUUAACUUGGA